UACUUCCUGCAUGAUCAGGAAAAUUUGCUUGACUGCAUCAGUAAGUGCUGUGCAACUAAUACAAGAUGAGUGUCAAGGCAGACAUUUGUUUGCUGGUAUCCAUUGGCUUGGUGUGUCUGUGCUCUACCAAAGCUCAGGACAGUGACGAAGGCAUUAACUUACUGAGAGAACAAGUGUGCUAUUUCCCCGAAUAUGACGACCUGAUUCGAGAACCUAACUAUCAAGGGCAACUUCUCAAUUCUUCUGGUUAUCCUGCUGGUCUUUACAUUGACUCGUCUCGUCCUUCUCGCUGCUCUGGAGUGGGGAUUAGGGUGGAGGCUUGUACGGAACUAAGAAAUAUUUCCAGUAAUACAAAUGUGUACAGAAUGAAUUUUUAUCUGUACAGAAAUAAUGGAAGACAUUUGUAUGAGCAAAUUAGUAGAAGUUCUCUUGAUUCACGUAACCCCACAACAACAUUUGGUUGUCGUAAUAUAAAUUUGAAUCAAUGGUUUGUGAAAUUAGGAGACGUGAUUGCGGUUGAAAUGAGUGAUUGCCGAAGCGAUUUUUCUGUUUGCCCUGCAUAUGGUGUAUUUGAUCCAUCUGGACUAAGGCCGAACAACAUAGUGCAGUACAGUUCAUUACAGUCAAAUCUGUUGAGAAUUGACUUGCCUGCUAGACCAGGAUUUGUGAAUGCUCGGGCCCUAGUAGUUCCAACCCCACCCACCUUGCCCGACUCCUGUGAUGUGGAAACACUACUUCCUAUCUGUGUGAACACCGCUGCUACACAAAUCUCAGAGUCAAUUGCAAGUAGUCUUAUUAUUGGAGAUGUGGACUUCGACCCUGACCCCAGGAGACGUUUCUGGGGGGGAGGGGCUUACAUUAUGCUUCAAAAAGCUCCAACCAAUGGAACAGUGAACGGAAUUGGUUACACAGCUUUACUCAACACACAAGGGACCAAGACAAUUUUUUUUAAGUUCACUGUUGCUCGAAUUAGGGAGCUUGAUGAUCGUUACGAGUUACUGGAUUCUAUGAUAAUAACUAUCGCCAGUGGGACACCUUCAGCAAAAGAUGGGUUCAACAACACUAUUCAUCGUGACUCCGAGACAAUUCCCAACUGGGUGGUAGAGGAAGGAGAUCAGUUUGCAGUAUUUGUGCCCAUUGUAUGCACUGAUAAUUAUUGCCCAGCAAAUGUGAACCUUCUAAGCAAUGAAGACUGCGAAUCAACAUUAUAUCUGCCAUAUCAAUUCCAACAAUUUGUUUCUAAAAGUGCUGAAUUUUUAAGAAGAGUUCCUGUGAAAGUGAACAUUAAUAUAUCUAUCAUGGCCACAAAUUUCACAAAUUCGACUCUGAUCCCGCCAUGCUCCUCGAACAUCUUAGUAACCCCUGCUACGCCCACCAAUGCCUCAUCCACCACAACGAUGCCCACCAUCUCCAAUGUAGAGAGUAGUGGAAGUAUAUAUGCUAUAGUUGUGGGAGCUGCAAUACUGGGAUUAAUUGUCGUGGUCGUAAUCAUGAUAAUUCUGAUAACUGUGAUUUUUGGGAUAUUGAGGAAACAGAACAAGACAGCGAAGCCAUCAAACGACAUGGAAAUGGAAAAUCUCUAUGACGAAGUAGCGACUCGAGACGUUAGUGUCACAACAAUUCAAGACAUUGUUGUCACACCCACCAUGCAUGUCGAGGUCAACGAGAGGGGGAGGUUCCGGAGAAGAACAAUGGAGUCACUGUCACAGUUUGAAAGCCAGAGAACAAGGACUUUUUCAAGAGUCUGCGACUAUUCCAGAAUUCAGUCUGUGCGAAAGAAUGCCUCACUAAGGCACAGCCAAGCUCCCCUGCUUACCGACUCACUAACUAACGAUGACCCUACUGACAACAACAAAGCCGUUGCUUACAAACGAGUUAACGUUACCAAUGGCACCCUCUCAGCUAACUACGAGAUGGCGGAAGGUGAUUACUCCGCCCCAGUUUUACCAGCCAAUAAGGAGGAGGAUCUAAAGACGCAGCUGGCCACUCUAGGGAUUGACGAAAUACCACAGGAGCAACUGCAAUUUGAGGAGAAUUCUAUUGGUAGCGGUCAGUUCGGAACAGUGUACAGGGCUGUGUGGGAGUUCUCAAUAAGCGAGGACAAUAUGGAGAAUAAUGGCGUCCAGGUGAUCUCCGCCCAAGUUGCCGUCAAGGUGAUGGACAACCAGAGGACAGCUGAGGACAGGAUCAAGUUCCUGCAAGAGGUUGUGUUGUUGGGUCAGUUCAAUGACCCCAAUAUUGUGGCUGUGUUUGGAGUGGUGACAAGAGCUGAUAAGCUAAUGAUGAUUUGUGAGUUGAUGGAUGAAGACUUGAAAAACCAUCUCAGCAACAUCAACGCAAGAAUUCUGAGCAAUGAAAACACAGAGCAAGAGACGACCGAGUUGCCUGCUCUCCUGCUCAGCUACUGUAGGAAGAUUGCCAGCAGUUUUGUGUACUUGGGGCUCAAGGGGUUUGUUCAUCGUGACCUGGCAGCCAGGAACAUACUUGUCUCCAAAGAGGGGGAUUGCAAGAUUUCCGAUUUUGGUAUGUCACGUGAUCUACAAGAUGAUGCUUACUACACGUCGCAUGGAGGAUUGGUCCCGGUCAAGUGGACAGCCCCUGAGGCUAUCAUGUAUAAGAAAUACUCGGUGAAGAGUGACAUCUGGAGCUAUGGGAUGCUGCUCUAUGAGAUUUGGUCACUAGGAUACAAGCCCUAUCACAACCUCAGCAACACUGAGGUCAUAAAAAAGAUAGAAGCUGGUUACCGCCUCCCACCACCACCUGGGUGUCCCAGAUCCAUCUAUGACCUCAUAAUCAAAUGCACCCAUCCUCGACCCGAGUCAAGGCCAACAUUCACCAAUAUCUUGACCAGCCUGCAAAGACCCGACUACCAGCUGCUAAAAUGGAGGGCAGAAGAUGUGGUUGCCGGCAGUGAGGCGGCUAAACUGCUGGGAGCCCCACUAGAGGAAGGGGAGGGGCUGUACACAGAACUACAGAAGACUUAUGUGGAGGGAACUGCUGAGAGUAGAGUGUAACUGAUGAACAAUGCUUGAACAUGCAUGCAACUAUAUGUUAACAAUGAAUGUGCCGCCUGUACAGGUUUCUAUGAGUGUAUAGUAUUAUAGUGAGAUAUGCCUAUAUUAGAAUGCCCAUGUGACUUAUAAUGAUAUUGUUAAACUUCCUGA